AAAUGUACCCACUCCAUGCACCGGUUACACCUCACCGAGGUUCCAUCGGGUCAAUCCGAGGGUGUUCCACCGAAGGGCAAUGAUAUUGCGAUCAUAUUGUAUACUUCCGGAUCUACUAAGGGAGUUUUGUUAUCUCACAAAAAUUGCAUUGCAACCAUGAAAGGGUUUUGCGAUGUGGUGCCAAUAUAUCCUGAUGACGUCUUGAUAGGUUUUCUUCCGUUGGCUCAUGUUUUUGAAUAAGUGGCAGAGAGUGUUUGUUUAAUGACAGGCGUUCCCAUAGGCUACUCGACGCCCUUGACGUUAAUAGACACCAGCAGCAAAAUUAUGGGGGGUUCAAAGGGGGAUGCACCAGUUUUGAAACCUACAUGUAUGACAACAGUACCACUCAUUUUGGAUAGAAUUUCAAUACGCAUUAACGAUUAAGUUAAUUCGGGCUCCGCUUUUAAAAAAGCUCUAUUUCAAUUUCUUUACCAGUACAAAGUUAAAUGGAUUAAAAAAGGUUAUCAGACCCCAUUGAUUGAUAGAUUGGUUUUCAAGAAGGUCGCUAAAUUGAUGGGAGGUCGUGUUCGUAUUAUGAUGUCGGGAGGUGCACCACUUUCGCCAGACACACACGAACAAAUAAAAACUUGUUUAUGCGUUGACUUAAUUCAGGGCUACGGUUUAACGGAGACCACUUCAGGAGCAACAGUCAUGGAUUAUCGGGAUAUGCAAUAUGGACGUGUUGGGGCACCAUUGACAGUUUGCGAAAUACGCUUAGUCAAUUGGGAGGAAGGAGGCUACAGAGUGACAAAUAAACCUUAUCCGCAAGGUGAAGUUCUUGUUGGUGGCGAAUGCGUUUCAAUGGGAUAUUAUAAGCUACCAAAUAAAACCGCUGAUGAUUUCUUUGACGAGGAUGGUAAGCGCUGGUUCAAAACUGGAGAUGUUGGAGAAAUGCAUCCUGACGGCGUACUUAAAAUAAUAGAGGACUUGGUGAAAUUACAAGCAGGCGAGUAUGUUUCAUUGGGCAAAGUAGAAUCGGAAUUGAAAACAUGUCCAUUGGUGGAAAAUAUAUGUGUGUACGGCGACCCAACCAAGCAAUUUACUGUAGCUCUAGUUGUACCAAAUCAAAAGCAUUUGGAAGAAUUGUCUAUUCGCCACGGGUUGGAAGGGAAGUCAUUUGAAGAACUCUGCUCCAAUCCUGUGAUUGAAAAAGCGGUGAUUAAGGAAAUAGCGGAGCAUGCUAGAAAAUGCAAACUACAAAAGUAUGAAGUACCCGCCGCUAUAACAUUGUGUAAAGAAGUUUGGUCGCCCGACAUGGGGCUUGUUACUGCUGCAUUCAAGCUCAAACGCAAAGACAUUCAAGACAAAUAUCAGCAUGAUAUUAAUCGAAUGUACGCCUCAUGAAAUUGGCUUAACAAUUAGAUCUAGAUUACACACAAAACAAAAAAAAAAGAGUCUGCAAAAAAUAAUAAAUCAUUUACUUUUUAGAGUCCUGA